AUGACCAAAAGAGAGAGCUAUUCGGUGGAAAUCCGCGCGCAGAUUGUAUCCUUGGUUCUUAUAGCAAAUAUGAAACCUACAGAGGUUGCAACUCUGUUGAAUAUACCACAACCAACGGUAUCCAGAAUUGUGCAGCGUGCAAGGCAGCGUGGAUUUGAUCCCAGUGAUGAUGCCCGACUGGAUGUACGUUAUCUCGCAGAUUCACCUCGCUCAGGCCGUCCAAAAGUUAGCACUCCGGACACCGAAGCUACUUCAACGCAAAGACCAGAGAUGGCAGACACGGCAUAG